AUGACCGACCUUGAUCUAUAUACCUUACAAGAACUAGAGCCCCUUCCUGAUUACUUUACUUAUUCAGACACAACUGAGUGCUCAUCACCUGGCUUGCCUAGAAAAAGACUCCUUGAAGACGACGAAAGUCUAUAUCCAGCAGGAACUGAAGCCUAUAAAAAAGCAAGAAAAAGAAGGCAAAAUCGUGAAAGCGCGACCCGAAGCAGGGCAAGAAAAAAGAUUGAAGUGAACAAAAUGGACACAGAAAUUUCACAAUUGUCUGACAUCAAUCAAAAAUUGACAUUGGAAAACACAGCUUUAAGGGCUGAAAAUGAGAUAUUGAAAAAAGAGCUGGCAUUUUACCAAGGAAUGGUAAACCCAGAGAAACCGAAAAUGAAAGGAGCCAAGAAAAGCACUGCCUGGCUGGCUGUUAGUGUUGUGCUUUCAAUGAUUUGUGUCGUACUUGCAACUCACAAUGAAAGUAGUGAUGUAACGAACACGGGAAAACGAACUCUUAAGUCCUUUAGGUUCAUGGAAGGAGAAGAGCCAGAGUUUAUGGGAAAUAUUGUAAUAUUACUUGCAUGUGCUGCAGUUGGAUGCGCGUAUAAGCACUUUUCAAGCAGUAAAUAG